UACUCGAGGGUGAGUAAAUGAAGACAGAAUUGUAAUUUUUGUGUUAUGUAAUAGCCAAAAUGACAUUGGCGUGACCCGUAAUGCUAAAGUUAUAAGGCCAUAUUUGUGCAAUGUGCCUUGAGAAUGCAUUAAAACCGUGACCUCUAGCAGGACUUUUCUAGAGCCAAAUACAUCAAAGUCUACAAAUGACUUCAUAUGCAGUUUUAAAUCUUUAUAUAAUAUAUAGACGUGUACAUGUAAACGCAGCACCUUUAUCUGAUACCCUUCACUGUCAACAAACAUCCAUGUCUUAUUGUUAUUCAUUCCCAUUGUCACAGCGUGGUGAUGACCUCUCUCUCUUUUCUUGGCUCGGUGACGGUGACAAGCUGUUGCUGUGUCCCUCGGGCGACUCCCUCUCUUGUCUGCGCUCCUCUCUCCUCCCUCUCUCUCUCUCUCUCUCUCUCUCCCUCUCUCCACCUGUUGAUGCCAUUGUUGCUCAGCCAGCAUUGUGCUGCUUUAUUGUUUUUACUCCGCUCAUUUUACACACCCCUCUUUUAUUCUUCACUUUCUCACUUUUUUCAUGAGCAGUCACCCAUUCACCCAGAGGAUAUUUAAGCAGACCGAAGAGAGAAGGCGGCUGAGAGCAACUCAAGAAACAGACGCACGCACAUUUAAACACAGGCACUUUCAAAAGGGCUAGGACUUUUGCACUAACUCUCCUGCUCGGGACCAGGACUUUUGAGACGCACUUGGGACAGCUUCGGUAUUGGAUCACAACUGCUGGCAGGAGUGAUGUCUGUGUCUCUGUGGUGUGAGGAGGAAGAGGGCCAGGACAGGACUCAGUCUUCGGUCCGAGCCCCAUGGGACCCCAGCGCCUCCGGACUGAGAGUCAUCAAGAGACUUCUUCAGUCAGAGGAGAGAUACCUGCCCUCUCCUCUCUACAUCUCUCUCAUCCAGAGAGACCCGCAGCGCAGAGAGGAACUGGCCAAGUGGACCAUGGAGGUGUGCACUGAAUGCGACUGUGACGAGUCUGUAUUUCCUCUGGCUGUCUCGCUGUUGGAUCGAUAUCUGUCGGCCUCUCUAUCCCUGCCUGUCUCUCCAUCCUGCCUGGCAGCCGCCUGCGUUCUGGUGGCCUCAAAACUGACAGAAAGUGACACAGUCAGUGCAGAUACGCUCUGUGCGGCAGCGGAGUACGACUUUCUCUCAUCAAACCUGCGGGAAAUGGAGCGAGUCGUGCUGGCGACUCUGCGGUGGGACGUGGCAGCAGUGACUCCUCAGGACUUCAUCCCGCACUUCCUGCGCACUCUCGGGGAGCUCAGGGACGGGGACGCUCACACGGGAGACUUUCUCUCGACGCUGCGGCGCCACAGCGAUACACUCGUUGCCAUGUGCGUGUGUGACUCGCGCUUUCUGGGAAGUCCGCCAUCACUGGUGGCCGCGGCGGCUCUGAACUCUGCCCUGCGGGGUUUACGGGCCAAGAGUGCGGGAGAGCUGAGUGUCAUGACCUCUGCCCUGGCCACGCUCUGUCAGACUGAUGUGGCGGUGCUGCAGUGCUGCACUGAGCUGAUAGAGGGAGCCCUCAGGGAGAGACUGAGAAAUGGAGCACACGAAGAGAAAGAUGGUGACAUUGAAGAGGAAAGAGCCAGCACACCCACAGACCUAAGAGAAAUAGACUUUUAAUACAGUGGUGAUUUAUGAGUGAUAUUUAUUCUGCGACUCACUUUUUAUUCAUCAGUAUAACUGAUUUAAACGCAAUGUGACAUUUAUGUUUCGUCUUAUGUAACUUCUGAAGUGUUCUAAUUUAUAAUCAUUUUUAUUUAUUUGUUUGAGGGAUUACGAUUUACUCGUGCCAUAUUUAUUAACUUAUGUCGCCAUAACUGUAAUUGCAAUGACUUAUGCAUUUCAGGUUUAUCCUUUUCACUUUAUGUAUUACAUUUCUACUUUUUAUAUUAUCACAUUAUUUAUUGUGUGCACAUUUUUAUAUUUAAUUUAUUUUGUUUGCCAGUGUUUCAGCCUGUUUGUAAUCAUAGUGUUGGAUAAAAUGAAUAUCUAUUUUUCGAAGUAAUAAAAAAUAAAGUUUCUAUG